AGCGGUGUUAAGAAGAACUACUGAGCGGAAAAUCUGGCUGGAUUCCACCCUGUCUGGUUUCUAAGAUUAUUAUUAUUAUCACCAUCAUCAUUAUUAUUACCAUUAUCACUACUGUUAAUAGUAAUUAAUGGGAAUCUCUGUAGUGCUUUCAUGGCUCAGAGGGCUUUGUGCCUCACAUCCUUUGGUUGCGAUGUUUCGCGAGGGCCCUGCAGUGUCGGCCGGGGGGGCUCAACCUCUCGUCUUCUCCCCGUACCUUCCCUUAGACUGGAUGCAUCGCACGGUGGAACAACUUGGGGGCCGUGUCGGACGGGAUCCCUUUUCUGUCGGCAGCCUGAGCUGCGGCGGAUCUUGGAGUUCGUGCCACCCUCGCCCAUGGCUCCCGGGCGGCAGGUGCUCUGCCAGUGUUGGACAACCUCAGCUGCCUCUGCACCUGCCGCCCAACCAUGUCUCUAGCAUGGGGCAACAUGGAAAGGGCUAUUUCCCCCCGGGGAAUCUGGCCCCGCGCCCCUUGCACGGGAAGCUGGAGGCCAUCCACAGCUGCGUCCAAGCUCUGCUGCGCGACCAGGGACAACCGCAGCUCUGGGAGCAGCUGGGCGAGAUCUACGAGUCGGAGCAAGACUGCGAGGAGGCCGUUCGCUGCUAUCAAAACGCCGCCCGCUAUCAGCGCGACUACGGGAGCUAUGGCGAGAUGCACGCUCGGAUCGGACGCCUGCAGCAGGCUCAGCUGUGGAACUUCCAUUCGGGAUCUUCUCAUCAUCGGCCGAAAUCAUUACCCCCUCUGCAGCAAGUCUGGAACCUCUUGCACCUCGAGAAGCGGAAUUUCUCGUCCAAGCGCAACCCCCAGCUGAAGAGGCCCGGCCCGCCGAUGGAGCCACCCGUCGUCCAGCCCAUCCCCCCAGUCCAGCACCCACCCCAUCCCGGGCACGGAGAAGAGAUGCCCGCCCCCAUGAAGAGGCGGAGGAGCACCAGCCCCGACCAGAAUGGCGGUGGGGUCGGACAGCACCCCCCGGGGCCUGGAAUCUCUGGAAACCCACAUUACCAGCUGCCUAAACCGGGAUUAUGGAACCCCGUCCAUGGAGAGCCGUGGGGCCUGGAACGCAAGAGUGUAGCUGCCCCAGAGAGACAACUGCCGGCCAUGGCCCCCAGCCCCCGCACACCGCCAGCACACCGACCCCCCCUCGAGAGCCAUGGCUGCCUGGCCCGGCCCAACGGAAGUGACCUUAGAGACAGCCGAGUCCCCCGGGCACGUCCAGACUCCAGCGCUACACCAGCACCCGUCGCCUGCGUGCCUUACGCCCCACGCCCGGUCCCAGGAGGGCCUCCCGUCACCAGCAAGACCACCCCGCGGGGGCAGCCGAACCCUGACAGCCUUGGGUCUGACCAUUACCAAACGCCGCCGGCAUUACAGCAAUCCAGCCCUGCCCAGGAGAGCAACGGCCGCAAGCCGCACCCACCACCGCCGCGUCCGGCGCCUUGCCUUGCUUCUCGCAUGCCGCCCCCCCCAGCCAUCCCGAGGGGGGCCCCACCAACGGUGGCUCCGCCGCCCCCUGCCCCGCCCCCCGGGCAGGAUCCGCCGGAGCUGCCCUGUCUGUACCGCUUUGGCAAGCGAGACGGGGAGGAGCGGCCCCCGGCCGUGACGGCAGCAGGGGGGGGCGGCAAGUUCCCCCACCACAGCACGGCCUCUCUGCUCAAGUCGCUGGCCAACGUGUUGGAGGGGCAGAAACACUCCUAUCGGCCCAAACCACUGGCCCCCCCUGGUGCUAAGAUGGCCCCUCCGGCCGGUGCCAGCCCAGCUUUGCGCCCCAAGGACGAGUCCCGCAAACGGGACCGGGAGCACCGGCGACACCGACGGUCCGGGAAGGACGGUUCGCGGCGGCACCGCGAGAGCAAGAGCCACAAGGAGAAGAACCGGCAGAUCCUGGGCAGCCUGGACGUGCAGAGCAGCGAGAGCCAGGCCCGGGAGAACGGGGCCAAGCCGCCCCCUCCGGCCGUCCCCCAGCCGGAGCGGAGGCCCCCCACGAAGAAGGAGGAGGGGACCGUCAGCUCGGGGGGCUCCACCGUGGUGUGCUCCGCCGAUCUCCUCAAGCUGCGUUCGUUCACCGAAGGGCCGCCCAAGGAGCUGAAGAUUCGCCUCAUCAAGGUGGAGAGCGGCGACAAGGAGACCUUCAUUGCCUCCGAGGUGGAGGAGCGGCGCAUCCCGCUGAGCGAGGUCACCAUCAACCAUCCGGCCGCGGAGGUGGUGCGCGCCUGCAAGCACCACAAGGUGAAGGGGAAAUUUAAGGAGUCUUACCUGUCACCCGCCCUGUCCGUCAAGCCUCAGAUCAACUCAGAAGAAAAGCUCCCGCGGGACAAACUCAACCCCCCCACCCCAAGCAUCUACCUGGAGAGCAAACGGGACGCUUUCUCACCGGUGCUCCUGCAGUUCUGCACUGACCCCAAGAACCCCAUCACCGUCAUCCGGGGCCUGGCCGGCUCCCUCCGCCUCAACUUGGGCUUGUUCAGCACAAAGACGCUGGUGGAGGCCAGCGGGGAGCACGCCGUGGAGGUGCGCACGCAGGUGCAGCAGCCGUCGGACGAGAACUGGGACCUCCAGGGGACGAAGCAGGUGUGGCCGUGCGAGAGCAGCCGGUCCCACACCACCAUCGCCAAGUAUGCCCAGUACCAGGCAGCGUCCUUCCAGGAGUCUCUCCAGGAAGACAAAGAGAGCGACGAGGAGGAGGCCGAAGAGCCGGACAGCACCACGGAGACUCCCCCCAGCACCAACCCCGAUCAGAAACCUCACCAGAUCAUCAAGUUUGGGACCAACAUCGACCUCUCGGAUGCCAAGCGGUGGAAGCCGCAGCUACAGGAGCUGUUGAAGCUGCCUGCCUUCAUGCGAGUCACCUCCACGGGGAACAUGCUAAGUCACGUGGGACACACCAUCCUGGGCAUGAACACGGUGCAGCUGUACAUGAAGGUGCCAGGCAGCCGCACGCCGGGUCACCAAGAGAACAACAACUUCUGUUCGGUGAACAUCAACAUUGGGCCUGGCGACUGCGAGUGGUUUGCAGUCCACGAGCAUUACUGGCAGAGCAUCAGUGCCUUCUGUGACAGGCACAAUGUGGAUUACCUGACUGGCUCGUGGUGGCCCAUCCUGGAAGACCUCUACCAGUCCAACAUCCCUGUCUACCGCUUCAUCCAGCGGCCGGGAGACCUCGUCUGGAUCAACGCCGGGACCGUCCACUGGGUUCAGGCCACCGGGUGGUGUAACAACAUCGCUUGGAACGUCGGCCCGUUGACAGGGAUCCGCCAGCCGGAGCGUCUCGUCUGCUCUGCGCUGAUCCUCCACCCUUCCUUCCCUUGCCCUGCCCUGAAGUCCCUUUUCUGGGUAGAGGUCCCCCGGAGAUGCGGGAGAGCCCGGGAACGGCAUGGGGAGCGUUCCGGGGGCCGUGAGACCGUGUGCUGCGAGACCGGGGGCCGCGCCUCACCUGAGUGCGAUCUGGGCCCUGUUCCGGUGGAGGAGGAGGCCGGCCUCUUCGCCUUUAAGAGCCGCAAGAGUGGCAGGCAUUCGGGGGCUGGCCACUCACCAUUAGCUGGGGUGACGGAACACACAGGCUUCCGGGGUGUGUGUGUGUUGGGCGAGUCCCUCUCGGGAGCGCGUCCCCUUCUGUCCCGCCGGCCAGGCCGGAGUCGCGUGUAUUGUCUGAUGCAGUCGAUCAAGCACUGCCAGGUCCAGCGAGAGAGUCUGGUGCGGACGGGAAAGAAGAUCGCCUACCAGGGCCGGGUGAAGGACGAGCCGGCGUACUACUGCAACGAGUGCGACGUGGAGGUUUUCAACAUCCUCUUUGUGACCAGCGAGAACGGCAGCAAGAACACCUACCUGGUGCACUGCGAGGCCUGUGCCCGCAAGCGCAGCUCCUCCCUCCACGGCGUCGUGGUCCUCGAGCAGUACAAGACGGAGGAACUCAUUCACAUCUAUGACAGCUUCACUCUGGCUGCGUCACCUACUUCAAGAUGAGCCAUACCACACCUGGACACGGACGUCUGGGUUGUUUCUCCAAGCUGGCCUCUCCCCCUUGCCACCGUGUGUUUGGUGGAGGGGGUUGUUCUCGCCUGGGCCCCCCCCUCCCUCCAUAGCAUCUGAGCCUCUGAUCCACUCACGUACGCCUGCUCCGAGCCACGGCGGGCGGGACACAACCGACAUACCUAAAUGUUUGUCCCCGUCAUCCCCCCCCCUUCCCCCAGAACACACAAUGGAUCAUUUUUAAUUUAUUCUGCAAAAUGAACCUUCUUUCUGGGUGGUGCUGAUUUUGUAUUAAAAGAAGAAAAAAACUGGAUUUAAGAAAAAAAAAUAAAAUAGAUGGACAAAGAAGGCCCUGGCUGGCCUCUGGUGGGAGAGGAAGCCUGGGCCGCCGUUCCCGUCCCGUGUCAAAACACACCGUGCCCAAGCGCCUCGCGAACAAGGAUCCGGGGGCUCCGAUCCAGAGGAGAGCAAAGGACUUUCCCUUCACAAGAGCAUUACUGUUUGGCCGUCUCAACGGGAUGGAACAGAGAGACGGCUUCUCAUUUGGGGCGCGUGGUUUGUGUUGGUUUUUCUUUUUUUUAAAAAAAACACACAAUUUUCUCUUGUCAGAAA